AUGACUUCCUCGUCUGGUUAUAUCACCGAAUUCAAUCCCGAAACGAAUUACGGUCUUAUUCAAACAGAUGAUGAAAGUAAUAAGCGUUGUUUGAAAUUCCAUUUUUACAGUUUGAAAAAGAACUCACGACGAUAUGUUAACAAAGAAGGUUCAACAUUUGUUGGUGAAUUGUUCGACUUUCAUAUAGUGCAGCGUCCAGAUGGAGCAGAGGAUGAAGCAAUCAACAUCAGACAUCGUGUUUUGAUGUGUCCAAUCCCAGGAUGCGCACGGCUGAAAGCCUUUACCAGCAAAAACUUAUUAGACGAACAUGUUCAAAGCAAACACAAUCAGGUAAAGAAAAGUUCACUGCAAGUUGAUGAGAUCAAGCCGAAACCACCAAAGCAAAAAGCAAAAAAGCCGGAACCAUUCAUAAUGGAUUUCAGUACUAAAUCAGCAGCUGUUAUUGGUCGUUUUAUUGGCAAGCAAGGUGCUAACUUGAAAGAAUUUCAAAAAGAACAUAAAGUUGCGCUGAAAAUCCUCACCAGUACAAAUGCACUUAUAUUAGCACAUAAUCCUAAAGUACAAAUCCGAGUGAAGCCGCUGAAAGUCAACGUCAAUAUUACUGAGGUCAAUCUCAAACUGAAAUCUUUAUGGGAGAAAUCAGUACGUGAGCAACUACACGAAGAGAAUCAAUACCAGCGAGCUCGAUUCAAUCGAACACAAAUGCGAUCCGUACCUGUACAACAAGUUAAUUUUGAUAGUGAUACGAGACAUCAACGUGCAUUCACAAUAGCUAAUGAUGAUUCAGUACGACGACGAUCAUCAAGACACGGACACACAGAAACAAAAUCAGGGAAACAACGAGCUAGGUCAACGUUAGCUUUAGAAGGACAUCGAUGUGCAGCAACAGGUGAUCUUCAACAAGGUGGAACGAAACCAGUUCCUUUUCAAGAGAAGAAAAAAGUCGGUAUGAAAGACAAGCAAUGGCUAGUGAAGGAACAACUCGACGAUCUGUCAUUCGUAGAUGAUUAA